AUGCUACGACAGGGACACCUCAAAGAGUUGUUGAGCGACCGGGGAAUGGUCAACUUUGCUAAAGGUUAUGAACAACAUCAAGGACCGCCAAAACCACCCGCGCGGACCCGCACCGUCUACAUGAUCAUCGACGGCGGUGAAGAUGCUUAUGUCAACAGUGUGAAGUUCACCACAACCCAUAAGCUCAAACGGUCAAUCACCCUCGAACGGUAUGAUGAACUCAAAGAAAGUAUCAUUUUCGAUAAGUCUGAUACCAACGGUUUGGUUUUCCAUCACUAUGAUGCCCUUGUUAUCACUUUACAAAUUUUAUAUACCGAUGUGAGAUGCAUUAUGGUAGACGAUGGGAGCGGUGCAUGCAUUAUCCACCCUGGAGUAUUUGCACAAAUGAAACUCGAGGAUAAAAUAGUGUCGUACUGCAUCACGCUAACAGGUUUUAACAAUGCAGUUGAGCGAACAUCCGGCAAGAUCACACUCUCCGUCCUAGCCGGUGGCGUCACUCUGGAAACCACAUUCCAUAUCAUGGACCAAGACACAAUAUACAACGCCAAAAUAGGGCGACCAUAG